AUUUUUUUACAUCAUAUUUUGUGUAUUUCCGUUGACCAAGGUGAAUAUUAUAUACAUAUAUCUCCCGCUUAUCGUUAAUAGCGCAUAACAUAUGUUCAUGUUAUCACGACCGGAUUCGUAUUUCGUAUUUAGACAAAACUAAAAAGAAAACUCAAAAACUGUAUCAUUUUCUUGGUCGGGUCUCUUCCGUCACUCGAUCUGUCGUUCCUUCGACCCUCUAUUGCGAACGCUCGAUCUUUGCCAUCAUCUCUUACCUACGUCGACCGAACCAUCAGCCACCAUGUCGUUGUUCAGGUACACGUAUUACGAUACUCCGGACGGUAAGGACCUCAUAAAAAAACUGUUCUACACCAACAAACAAGUGUCCAUCAUUGGGUUCGGGCUGGCUACAUCAGAAAUCAUCCUGGUCAGCAAACCAUUUGGAUAUCUGAACACCGCAGUCAGAUACGGCCAGUUGAUGGGACCAAUGUAUGCUGCCACAUCGACAUUCUGCUUGGUGACUUACUUUUCCACCAACAUACGUGGUAAAGAUGAUAUGGUGAACUAUGCCAUUGGCGGUUUCUCCACCGGCAUACUGACCGGUCUACUGUUGAAUCAAAAAAUGCUCGGUUUUUGGAUGGCAGUUUCGUUCGCGUGUAUUGGUGCAGCCAAGAAGCAUUCAAAGCUUAACAAUUACGAAUUCUACCCCACUUAUCCUAAAAUUCGUAAACCCUUGCACGGAGAUUUCAGAACGCCAUACAAUAAUUGGUCAUUAUAUGAACAGCGACCAAAAGGAUGGAAAGCUGCUGAAGAACGACAGGAAUAAGUGAGAAUGCACCAACAGCAGUUUGUAAUAAUGAAAUAAGUAUGUGAGUUUAAAAUUUAUUUAGUUAUAAUAUAUUACGCAUAAUAUGUUUUGUUUGUUAUAUAGUGUUUGACUUGAAUUACAAAUACAUAUUUAUAAAACAUAAUUUUGUUUCAUUUGCAUUAGACAGUUGUUUUUUUUUUUUAAUAGUUGUAUUAAUAAUAACCUAUAUACAAAUAAAAAGUUCAAAAUCAUUUUAUAAAAAAAAAUUUGUAAAAAAUACAACACCAUCAUUUGUUCGAAU